GGUCCACCCCUCGUGCCCAGACGCGGUUGUCGCCGUUAUUCUCCCGUGGUAACCGACGAGCGCCACCACCAUCUCCGCUUCCGCCGCACCUCGUGAAGCUGCUCCCAGGCUAGGGUUUGAUCUCCAGUCCCUUCUUCGGAGCAAUGGAGGGCGGAGGCGAGGGCGCAGCACCGGCCCCAGCGGCGGCGACGGCGGCGGAGGUGAAAAACCCGAGGUGCUUCAUGGACAUCACCAUCGGCGGCGAGAUGGAGGGGAGGAUCGUCAUAGAGCUGUACGCGUCCGUGGUCCCGCGGACGGCGGAGAAUUUCCGCGCGCUCUGCACCGGGGAGAAGGGCGUCGGCGCCUCCGGCAAGCCGCUCCACUAUAAGGGAUCAUACUUCCAUCGCAUUAUCAAAGGUUUUAUGGUACAAGGUGGAGAUUUUACUGCUGGUGAUGGAACAGGAGGGGAGUCGAUUUAUGGCUCGAAAUUUGAGGAUGAGAAUUUUAUUUUAAAGCAUGAGAGGAAGGGAAUAUUAUCUAUGGCUAAUUCUGGCCCCAACACAAAUGGAUCUCAAUUUUUCAUCACUACCACCCGAACACCUCAUUUAGAUGGGAAACAUGUAGUUUUUGCGAGAGUAAUAAAGGGAAUGGGUGUGGUUCGCUCUUGUGAGCACAUUCCUGUUGGAGAAGCUGACCGUCCCACAGUUGAUGCCGUAAUUGCUGAAUGUGGGGAACUUCCUGAAGGUGCAGAUGAUGGAGUUGUGAACUUUUUCAAGGAUGGUGACAUGUAUCCUGACUGGCCAAAUGAUCUUGAUGAGAAGCCUACAGAGGUUUCAUGGUGGAUGGAAGCCGUGGAGUCUGCUAAGGCUUUUGGGAAUGAUAAUUUCAAGAAACAGCAUUACAAGACGGCCCUGAGGAAGUACAGGAAAGCCCUGCGCUACUUGGAUGUUUGCUGGGAGAAAGAAGAGAUAGAUGAAGAGAAGAGCUCAGCACUGCGGAAGACCAAGUCCAUAAUACUCACGAAUAGCUCUGCAUGCAAAAUGAAGCUGGGAGAUUUGAAGGGUGCUUUGUUGGAUGCAGAUUUUGCGCUGCGUGAAACAGAGGGCAAUGCUAAGGCUUUUUUCCGACAAGGACAGGCACACAUAGCACUUAAUGACAUUGAUGCAGCGGUGGAGAGCUUCCAGCAUGCAUUGGACUUGGAGCCGAACGAUGGUUUGCCUCUUUUCUCUUCAUCGUCGGUCCUUCUCUCCGCAACCGGGUGUCUAAUGAAUUUGUUUUGCAACCCGCAGGAGCAAUUAAACGCGAGCUGGCUGCUGCAAAGAAGAAGAUCUCCAACAGGAGAGAUAAGGAGCGCAAGGCAUAUGCCAGGAUGUUCCAACCUUGAGGAAAAUCGGAGGAGACGGCAAAGAGAAGGAUUGAUCCAUAGUUUUCUCCCCCGGGCAGAACUUUUGGUAGCUUAUUCUGGGAUACAUACUUGAACUUUCCGCGGAAAAGACCAGUCGUCCUAGUUAAUAUGCCUUAAAACAGAACCUUGUGCUCUUCUUCUGCGGCAUAGUUUUGCUGAUGCACACCAAAGGAUGUUUAUGUGUUGGGAAAAAAAAUUAGAGGAUUAUUUGUGUUGCUCGUAUGACAAGGGGAGGCUGUCUCCCAUUAUUUUGAAAAAAUACAGGGAAAAAAGUGGUAGGCAA